GGGAGAGGCGCCGGGGCUGCAGCCCCGUGCUCGGCGCGCUCUCGGGAGCCGCCGGCCCGCUGGUCCCGCAGCCUUCCGGGAGGAAGCGGCGCCGGCAGCGGCCAGGGCGCGCUCUCGGGCACCCUCACCUGCCGGCGCCCGGCCGCUUCCCCGGCAGGGCGUGCGCAGGGUAGGGUGCGGGACCCGGGGGACCUGGAGGCAGACGGGAGAACCGGCCGUCCGCGCCGCAGCACAGCCUCUGGGAGCGCCUCGGACCCCACGCGGGGCGCCGGCUCCAUGGCGACCGGGCUUGGGGAGCCGGUCUAUGGACUUUCUGAAGACGAGCCCGGGAGUCCAUGAUGCAUGUCACGUCUGGGUCGCGCGGCUGGAGACCCGGGACUGCGGAGAAGCCGGAUCGUUUCCCCCUGGAACUUUCUCUCUCAUGAUUGUGUGGAUCAGCAGGCGCUCAGAAGCCUGUGCGUGCUUAUCCCGGCGGGAAUGGGGGACACGCUGCGUGUGUCCCUCCCCUCGUUUUGCAAAGUCUACGGCCAGGAUUGUGGAUUUCGGAGCCUCGGUGGGGGAGGUGUUCAAGGCUGGUGGCAGGUGCUCCUGGAAACUUGGGGAGGAAGCUUGCAGCCCUGCCAUUUUUUCCUCCCGAGGAUUCAAAGCCCGGGACCUCCGGGGUGGGUGGGGAGAGGAAAGCUCAAUUGAUCUCUUUUAUUAAUAAAGCGAAUGAAUAAGCCACGCCUCCCAGGCGGUCGGUUUCACUGGAAAGGGCUUUGUUUUUACCUUCACUCUCUCUUCUGUGUCUCCCACUCUCCCCUUUUGAAACAAUCCUGCUAAAUCACUGCCUAGUCCUCUCUCGACCAGCCACGCUCGGCUCUUAUUGGGAGAGUCCCGUAUUCUCAGAGUAAAAGUUGUUUCUGGAAUUGAUCUCGCCAAAAAGGACAUCUUUGGAGCCAGUGAUCCGUACGUGAAACUUUCAUUGUACGUAGCGGAUGAGAAUAGAGAACUUGCUUUGGUCCAGACAAAAACAAUUAAAAAGACGCUGAACCCAAAAUGGAAUGAAGAAUUUUAUUUCAGGGUAAACCCAUCUAAUCACAGACUCCUAUUUGAAGUAUUUGAUGAAAAUAGACUGACACGAGACGACUUCCUGGGCCAGGUGGACGUGCCCCUUAGUCACCUUCCGACAGAAGAUCCAACCAUGGAGCGACCCUAUACAUUUAAGGACUUUCUCCUCAGACCAAGAAGUCAUAAGUCUCGAGUUAAGGGAUUUUUGCGAUUGAAAAUGGCCUAUAUGCCGAAAAAUGGAGGUCAAGAUGAAGAAAACAGUGACCAGAGGGACGACAUGGAGCAUGGAUGGGAAGUUGUUGACUCAAAUGACUCGGCUUCUCAGCACCAAGAGGAACUUCCUCCUCCUCCUCUGCCUCCCGGGUGGGAAGAAAAAGUGGACAAUUUAGGCCGAACUUACUAUGUCAACCACAACAACCGGACCACUCAGUGGCACCGACCAAGCCUGAUGGAUGUGUCCUCAGAGUCGGACAAUAACAUCAGACAGAUCAACCAGGAGGCAGCACACCGGCGCUUCCGCUCCCGCAGGCACAUCAGUGAAGACUUGGAGCCUGAGCCCUCGGAGGGCGGGGAUGUCCCCGAGCCUUGGGAGACCAUUUCAGAGGAAGUGAAUAUCGCUGGAGACUCUCUCGGUCUGGCUCUGCCCCCACCACCAGCUUCCCCAGGAUCUCGGACCAGCCCUCAGGAGCUGUCAGAGGAACUGAACAGAAGGCUUCAGAUCACUCCAGACUCCAAUGGGGAACAGUUCAGCUCUUUGAUUCAAAGAGAACCCUCCUCAAGGUUGAGGUCAUGCAGUGUCACCGACGCAGUUGCAGAACAGGGCCAUCUACCACCGCCCAGUGCCCCAGCUGGGAGAGCGCGUUCAUCAACUGUCACGGGUGGUGAGGAACCAACGCCAUCAGUGGCCUAUGUACAUACCACGCCGGGUCUGCCUUCAGGCUGGGAAGAAAGAAAAGAUGCUAAGGGGCGCACAUACUAUGUCAAUCAUAACAAUCGAACCACAACUUGGACUCGACCUAUCAUGCAGCUUGCAGAAGAUGGUGCAUCCGGAUCAGCCACAAACAGUAACAACCAUCUAAUCGAGCCUCAGAUCCGCCGGCCUCGUAGCCUCAGCUCGCCAACAGUAACUUUAUCUGCCCCGCUGGAGGGUGCCAAGGACUCACCCGUACGUCGGGCUGUGAAAGACACCCUUUCCAACCCACAGUCCCCACAGCCAUCACCUUACAACUCCCCCAAACCACAACACAAAGUCACACAGAGCUUCUUGCCACCCGGCUGGGAAAUGAGGAUAGCGCCAAACGGCCGGCCCUUCUUCAUUGAUCAUAACACAAAGACUACAACCUGGGAAGAUCCACGUUUGAAAUUUCCAGUACAUAUGCGGUCAAAGACAUCUUUAAACCCCAAUGACCUUGGCCCCCUUCCUCCUGGCUGGGAAGAAAGAAUUCACUUGGAUGGCCGAACAUUUUAUAUUGAUCAUAAUAGCAAAAUUACUCAGUGGGAAGACCCAAGACUGCAGAAUCCAGCUAUUACUGGUCCGAAGGCUGUUCCUUAUUCCAGAGAAUUUAAGCAGAAAUAUGACUACUUCAGGAAGAAAUUAAAGAAACCUGCUGAUAUCCCCAAUAGGUUUGAAAUGAAACUUCACAGAAAUAACAUAUUUGAAGAGUCCUAUCGGAGAAUUAUGUCCGUGAAAAGACCAGAUGUCCUAAAAGCUAGACUGUGGAUUGAGUUUGAAUCAGAGAAAGGUCUUGACUAUGGGGGUGUGGCCAGAGAAUGGUUCUUCUUACUGUCCAAAGAGAUGUUCAACCCCUACUACGGCCUCUUUGAGUACUCUGCCACGGACAACUACACCCUUCAGAUCAACCCUAAUUCAGGCCUCUGUAAUGAAGAUCAUUUGUCCUACUUCACUUUCAUUGGAAGAGUUGCUGGUCUGGCCGUAUUUCAUGGGAAGCUCUUAGAUGGUUUCUUCAUUAGACCAUUUUACAAGAUGAUGUUGGGAAAGCAGAUAACCCUGAAUGACAUGGAAUCUGUGGAUAGUGAAUAUUAUAACUCUUUGAAAUGGAUCCUGGAGAAUGACCCUACUGAGCUGGACCUCAUGUUCUGCAUAGAUGAAGAAAACUUUGGACAGACAUAUCAAGUGGAUUUGAAGCCCAACGGGUCAGAAAUAAUGGUCACAAAUGAAAACAAAAGGGAAUAUAUCGACUUAGUCAUCCAGUGGAGAUUUGUGAACAGGGUCCAGAAGCAGAUGAACGCCUUCUUGGAGGGAUUCACAGAACUACUUCCUAUUGAUUUGAUUAAAAUUUUUGAUGAAAAUGAGCUGGAGUUGCUCAUGUGCGGCCUCGGUGAUGUGGAUGUGAAUGACUGGAGACAGCAUUCUAUUUACAAGAACGGCUACUGCCCAAACCACCCCGUCAUUCAGUGGUUCUGGAAGGCUGUGCUACUCAUGGACGCCGAAAAGCGUAUCCGGUUACUGCAGUUUGUCACAGGGACGUCGCGAGUACCUAUGAAUGGAUUUGCUGAACUUUAUGGUUCCAAUGGUCCUCAGCUGUUUACAAUAGAGCAAUGGGGCAGUCCUGAGAAACUGCCCAGAGCUCACACAUGCUUUAAUCGCCUUGACUUACCUCCAUAUGAAACCUUUGAAGAUUUACGAGAGAAACUUCUCAUGGCCGUGGAAAAUGCUCAAGGAUUUGAAGGGGUGGAUUAAGCACCCUCUGCCUCGGGGGUGGUUGUUCUUCAAGCAAGUUCUGCUUGCACUUUUGCAUUUGCCUAACAGACUUUUGCAGAGGCGAUGGCAGAGAGCAGCUGCAGGCAUGGUCCCUGGAGCCGAGCCUUCACCACGCACUCAUCCAAGUUCGGAUGCGGGAACCUGGUCCCAGCUUGAGUUCCUGCAUUUCCCACCACAAAUUAUCAACUGGUUGAUGUGUACACUAAUUACAUUUCAGGAGGACUUAUGCUAUUUAUGUUGUGCCUCUGCAGGCAAAGCCCUUAAUAAAUAUUUUACAUCCUUUCUAAUGACAAUGAAUGGAAUUAAUCACUCUACAGGUAUAGUAUUACAACUCAUGUUUACUUUUUAAAAUGAUUUAGACUGAUUUGCAGAUUUUAUUUCGUUAUGAUUAAAGAUGUCUCAUGUACUUGGAACAGUGAGCAUUUUUUUUUUUUUUGUAUUUCACUUUCAUACCAGGCUUAAUGUCAAUGACAUUUUUAUUUUUGAAGUACUCUGACACCUCCACCCUCUACUUUAUUAGAAUUGGAAGGCAAAUUUUUGUCCAAAAACCUUCUACAGACAAGUACUUUGAGAGAAUUUCCAAUAUAAUAUUAGACAUAAUGAUAAUUUUUUCCAUACUCAGAAUGAAAAACUGGAUAUUACGUUUUUGUUUUGGGGUUUUUUUGUACAAAUUUAGCUAAUAGCUACAGGCUGAGAGAAUUGUAACAUAGCAUGACAAAUUUUGUGUUGACUUGAAAGGAAUCACACCAUUAUUCCUUAGAAGUAAUUACAUGUGCUCUAACACAUUUGAGACAGGGUUGGACUCCCAUUUCUCAUCCGAGAAAUUACUUAACCCUUCCUGGCGCUGUACAGUCAUCUUUUAUUCUCUUUCCUCUUUGCUGUUUGUAGUACAGACAUUUUGAAUGAAACUUGGCACUGCUUGAUUCAAAACUGUGGAAACCAGAUCUGUUUAGUCUCCUGUUUGUAUGCGUUUGCUAAUGGUAGCUAAAUAACCAGUUUUUGUUGUAAAUGCACCAAUUCUGAAGGCACUUUAUGUACUACAUGGAGGUCAUAUCUGGUUUUGUUUUUAUUUUUUUAUCAUGAACAUUAAAUGUGAUGAUGAUUUCUUUUCCCUGCACACAUCUUUCCGGUGCAAUAUCUAUCAGUUGUGAAUCUGGCUGCUGGUGUAUAAAAACCUGGAUGUAAAGCUGAGCCUACAGACCUGUCCUCACCAACUGUUUUGUGAUUUCUACUCAACUACAAAGAUUUAUUUAAUGUACACUUAAUCUGAGUUUUGUUACCAAUGACCUGUUGCAUGCUUCGAUACCGUGUACUGCCUGAGUUGUGUCUGUUGUGUGCCAGAUUAAAAGUGAGACAGAGACUUGACUUGAUCCUCUGAGCUCAAGCUGUUGAGCUGGUAGUGGCAGAGGACUGAAGGGACCUGCACAGUUUGAUUCUUUUCCACAUGUAAGUCUCCAUUGCAGAAUUGUCGUGCUUUGAGAAAACACCUGAGGCAGACUGGGAGUUGAACGAACCCCGCUGUCCUUUUUAACCUGUGUUGUCCUAGACCCUGUUGGGGCAGUUAGGGGACACUAGAGAUUUGAUCUCGUGCCAGUCAUCAAUAGGACAAAAAAAGUUGUGAUUUGGGGAGGUCUGUUUGUUACAUAAAAAGGACCUUUCGGUGUAAGAAAUUGCCGAUUUUACCCUGCCCUGGCUGGCAUGUGAGAAGCCAUGGAAGGUUGUGGUUGUAAAUGAGUUGUCUACAGGGGUACAGAGGCCUGAGGUUUCUAAAAGAAGGUAGAUUUGUACAGACCUGAGUGUUGAUUCCCUUUUCUUAUUGGUUGAAAAAUACCUGGUAGUGAUCAGAAAACUUAGAUGCUAUGUAACUAAAAAGAAAAAAAAAAAAAUUCCUGCUCAUGAGUUUUGACUAUUGGUGAGACGUUUCCCCUACAGUUAACAUGACAAAUGUCUCAGUGGCAAAAAUCCCCUUUUUGUAAGCUCCCAUAGUCUAGAGUCAGUUUUCUUUUUAAGAAUCAUGCCAGAGCCUGAGUCGAGCAGUACGCUUGCUUGGUUUUUGAGAGUAAUUGUGUAAUUGUAGAGGGAGAAAUCCAAUUCUAACCUAAGAACGGGGAUUCUUCUGUCGUCUUGUAAACUGUGUAUUGAAAAAAACAGAAGAGUCACUAAAUGCAUAUUAAGUCAAGUAUUGGAAAGUAUAAAAGAAAAAUCAUUCUGACAAUUUCUAAGCCAGAAGCAAACAAGAAUUACUGAAAUCUACCCCAUGAGUACUUGGAAGGCAGUAAUCGUGAGUGACACCUCAGUUCAUCAGCCCCUUAAUAAUAUCAGCUUGAUUUUAAUGACAACUAAAUAUUGCUGAAGUGAGGAUUUAGUAUUUUUUAAAAAAGCAAAACAAGGUUCAGUAGUCCUCAGCAAUUCUCCAAGUUUCUCUCUUUGCCUAAAAUGGUCGUAGAUCUUGAUUUCUCUGAAUCAUGAUGACCACGCCCAGUCAUCUUCACAGCGUAAUUGCAAGUGGCAGUAAAGACAGUGUGCUGGGUAAGGAGCAGUUGCUGGGUCAUUCCUUGGGCCCCGACCUGCCCGGCGAGUAGCUCUGGGGGAGAGAGGGCAGUGUUGCCUAUCCCAGAGGUCCCAGCAGCCACACUGCUCUGCAGACCAGACUCUCCUUAUAGCCGGAGAAAUCACCUUAAUGCAGUCUCUUUAGUUGUCUGCUGAAGCUAUAGUGAUUAUGGGCCACUUACAUGAGGCUGAGAAGUACGUGCCAGAGCUCACACACUGCCUGUUGCGGGUCUCUUAAUAUCAGUUAUCACGGCCGCCUGUGGGUCCCGGGUAUUGCCAUUCCUGCCCCUUGUUGGCCCGAGGAAGGAUGUGGAAAGAGCGCCUGGUGGGAUGAAAGUCUAACAGCCUGUGCCUCUCCACGGCUGGCCCCGGAGCCGGCAGCAGUGAGGCAUUCAUUGUCGGUGUUGCGGUGUAUUCCCAGCUUCAGUGCUCUUUUUCCUUUUUGCCUGAAAUGUUUAUGCUUCUCUGUAGCCAGUCCUCUAACAAAUCACAAGAACAAAGGUAAGACACUUUGUUUUUGUUUCCAGGACCCUUCAGAGGGUGACAUCAGAUAUUCCCUAAAUUCAGACAAUGAGGGAUACAGAGCGACUUGGCGUGUAUUAUUUCUCCCAUGUAAGGACAAAGGGACAGAUUAUUAUUAUUAUUUCUGAGACAGAGUCUCACUCUGUAGCUCAGGCUGGAGUGCAGUGGCUCAAUCUCAGCUCACCACACCUCUGCCUCCUGGCUUCAAGCGAUUCUUCUGCCUCAGCCUCCUCGAAUAACUGGGAUUACAGGCACCCACCACCACGCCUGGCUAAUUUUUGUAUUUUCAGUAGAGAUGGUUUCACCAUGCUGGCCAGGCUGGUCUUGAACUCCUGACCUCAGGUGAUCCUCCCGCCUCAGCCUUCCAAAGUGCUGGGGUUACAGGCAUGAGCCACCGCACCUGGCCUCACAGUGACAGAUUCUGAGAAACAGCGUGCAAAACAUUUGAACCAUUUUCUACAUCUGUCAUUGUUGCAUAGACAGUGUGCACCUGCUGCUAUCUUGCCAGAUCCACACUGGUCCUCUCGAAAGCAAGGUUCAUACACAGCAACUUUUUAAUUAUUCUAACAGUUACCCAUUAACAGUCGACUCCUGUAUUUCUAAGAGUCUUGUACUCACCUCUGAAAUUUAAAAACAUAUAAAGAGAGCCUGAGUUAAUCAGUUCUGCAGCCCCUACCCACUGUGCUAGUUCUCCUCUUUCUUCUCUCUCCUCCUUACCCUGCCCCUGCACCCCUGUACUUAAGAGGGAGAGGUGGGAGGUGCUGUCUGGUAUCAUUUUCUGCCUUGCCAAUAGGGGGUGCCGCGGUGCAGGGUAACUGCCUGCCUGGUCCCUUCCUGACCUCCCCCGACCCCAAAGAUCACACACUACCUCUGUCAUUCAGGCAUCGGGGUACAUCCUGAUAAGUCAUGUCAGAACUGCCAAUUUCAGGACUGAGAUGUGUUUUUAAAACACAAAUCCUUAUAAACUCCACUUUGUACUUUAGAUUUUAAAACUGGGGAAAAAAAUGUGAUAUUCUUCGGACCACUUUUUUAAUUUAUAUAAGCCUUAAUGAACAGUGUCUAUACAUUUGCAUACGCACACCCCCACCCCAGAGUGUUCUCAGUAUGUCAGAGAAAGUGCCAUAGCAUUAGGACGGGAGCUUGGAGAACGUUGUCUAGAAAAGGGUUAGCUUCCUGUUGGCAUGAAAUUUUCCAAGCAAACCUCUCAUUAAACAUCUGUUGUUUGUUAAAGGUGUUCCACUCAAAGCAACGCAUGUUUCAAAGGCAUGUCUUUCUGUUCGUUGGUUUUCUGUGUGUAAGGAGUAGCAUUGCUGUUGGCGCCUAACCUCGCGUGCACUGCAUUCUCAACCCUGUACCAGUGCAUCGGAAGCCUCCCUCAUGACCAUAACUCUGUGUCUGCAGAUAUCUGUGUUCCUGUGUAACCCAGUUUUCCCCUUUUACUCAGACUAAUUUCACCUAGAUUGUCACGGUUUCCUUCAUGUUAACUUUGCGUGACUUUGUUCUUCCUUUACUAUUCUGUAUGUAAUAUAUAUAUACAUAUAUACGUACAUAUGCUGUCCAAAUAUAUUUGUAUAUAUUUGUAUAGCAUUUUUACACCUUUAUUGAGUAAUCUGGUUUCGAAAGGGGGUGAGAGUUUAGUCCCUUCUACAGUUUUCUCCAAGCUGUGUCCUGCGAAUUUCGACCCUUGGAGCCUGAGAAAACCCUAGGAAGAUGAUGUUAAUUUGCUGUCAUUUCUUAAUUCAGGAUCUAUCAUCAAAUGAAACAUGGAAAAACAGUGACUCUUAAGGUGAAAAGAGUUUCAAGCAUUCCAAAUAAAUUCUCAAUGUUUCAUAACUUUUUAUUAUAAACCCACCUCCUAAUAGGAAGCCAAGUACUAUUUGAUACAGUGGCAAAAACCAAACUACCUUGAAUUUUUUUUAAGGCAACUUAUGAAUAAUGCUCAUUUUCACAAUCAGAAUAGCUUUAAAAUAUGGUUGAAUUUGAUACACACAGGAAGUUUUCUUGAAGAACAAUCCUUUCGCUUUUCUUUUUUCUUGAGAGAUCUAAAGAGAAACUGUAGAUUGUUUUCCUGACAGCAAAAGACUAAUGUGACAAAAUGAAGUCAUUGUAAAGAAGCGAUGCAACUUGUCAAAUAUUUAAUAAAGAAUUAUGGAAGCUGGAACAUUUUCUA